AUGGUAUCGAAACUGUCAGUUGUGGAUGUGACUCUCCUGAGAGAGGACAUAAAAAACGCACUGAACACACAAUUCCCUGAUUCAACAAUGGCUCAGGCUGUCAUCCUGCGGGUUUUAUUGGAAGCCCAUGAUGCUCGCAGACUGGAUUUACCCCAAGGAUUUCCUGAGACUGUGUCUGAACUGGAGUGUAUUGUCAGGGAGACAUUUGGGAUCACCCAAAGAUUUAGACAAGAGGUGGUGAAUGAAGAACCGCCGAUCAGAGAUUUCAUGGACCGAUGGCCGGCUCUGUUUGAUAUCAAACAGAUCAAUGAAGAGUUUAAGAGGAUUACAACAAUCAAUCUUGAGGCAACCUUCAUGGGAAGGCUGGACCGCUAUCUCCCAAAAAUGAUGGCCUUAUUUUCUUUCUGA